UGAAAGUUGUGCUGUAUUCUUCACUUUAUACUUUCACUCCACAGAGAAAGUCGGUCUUCACCUUUUCUCUUCGAGCUACGUCAUAUUUCCAGUCGAUCUGUCACGAUGACUUUUGUAAUCAAGGCUCUUGGUUUGUUCCUGGUUGCUGCCAUUUGCCUCCAGCUCAUCAGUGCACAAAUGGUACCUGACAGAUGCAGGUGUGUUCAGACAACAUCAAGGAAUUACACCCUGAACAGAAUAAUGGAGUUCUCCGUCACUCGACCACGAAGCCGCUGCAAAGACACCGAAAUCAUACUGACGAUGAAGAUUGUGAAAGCACUUACAAACAAAAAAGUGCAACGGUGUCUGGACCCAAAGACAGAGCUGGCAAAGACCCUUCAGGAGUGCUGGGACAGGGUUAAUACAGACAGAAAAGAGACCAUCCAGGCCAGCGAGUGUUUACAGAAAAGCACUGAAAGAAAAUGAAAGCAGAAGAGCAGGAUGUUGAGAACAAGAGCGAGCAGGGGGGAGUGAGUGUGGAAACUCCAGAAAUGCAGCAUGCAGAAAUCCUGUCGGACAUGUGACCAAACAAUCCAAUGGGAAUGCUGACAAUCAGACCUGGCCUCCUUAUGGUGCUGGGAAAGUCCACGCAUCCAAAUUCUGUCAAGCACAGAUGUUAUCCAGGAAUGAGAGGAAAAAACAACUUGUUCAGAUUACUGAAGCACUGCUGAAUGUUUUACAUGCUUUAUAAUCUUUACUGUUCUAUUUAAAUACUGAUCAUGUAAAUAAUAAUGCUAUUUUUGUAUUCGUUGAUAUCUAUAAUAUAACUUAAA